AUGGCGACAGAAACCACGACCCUAAAUCCAAGCACUAGCUCCUCACCUACUGCACCGCGCACCAAGUUGUUCCUCCGUGGCAAGACUGGCAUUGAGUGCAUCUUGGGUCCACCCUCUUGUAGCAAGGGCAAGACGCUGAAGAUCGAGCGCGAUGACCAGAUGGAAGCUCUGGGCUGUGCUGAUCUCUUGGAGUUCACUAACGACGGCAAGUUCCUCGCACUCGUGCGAACUGCAUCAGGGUUCACUGUACGAAACGCAGACAGCGGCGCUGUCGUCGUGGACGUGGCCAAUCCGGGUAUCCAUGCAGUGGCGUGGUCGCCCCUUGGCUCGCACUUGUUGACGUGGCAGCGGCCUCAGAAAGACUCGGAUCUUGGCAAUCUCAUUGUGUGGGAUGCUGUGACGGGCACAGAAGUGGCUCGGUUCAAGCAAAAGUCCUACACCCGUGAUAAAUGGCCGCCGCUUCAGUGGUCGUCUGACGAAACGAUCUGUGCACGUCAGAGUGCAAACGGUGUGGUGCUUUACAGCGGUCGUGACGUCGCAGCGGGACAGAUUGGUCAAAUCAACCUCCCCAACGUGGCGAACUUUAGUGUAGCUCCCGGCAGUGCUCCAUAUAAGGUGGCUUUGUUCGUUCCAGAAAAGAAGGGCAAGCCUGCCAGUGUCAAGAUCUUCCAGGUCACCAGCCCUGAUGUGCCAACAGCAACGAAAAGCUUUUACAAGGCACAGGACGUGGCACUAAAGUGGUCUCCUACUGGCAGUGCGCUGAUAAUUGAAACUCGCACUGACAUUGACACGUCAGGCAAGUCGUACUACGGCGAAACUGGUCUAUUCUUUCUACAGAGCGAUGGCGAGUAUGACUGCAUUGUCCCGUUGACGAAAGAAGGUACGGUGCAUGAUGUGGCGUGGGACCCAACUGGCCGCGGUUUUGUGGUUAUCGCCGGUGCGAUGCCUGCGCAUGCCACGCUUUACGACAACAAGGCGAUACCAAUCUUUGAAUUCGGUGCAGCGCCCCGAAAUCACGUUAGCUGGAGCCCGCAUGGUCGCUUCUUGUGUCUAGCUGGCUUUGGAAAUCUUCGUGGUGACAUGGACUUUUGGGAGCGCAACAAGCUCAAAAAGAUGGGCUCCGCAACGUCCAACUCCGCCACGAUAUUUGCUUGGUCACCUGACAGUCGCUACUUUGCAACAGCUACUACGUUCCCGCGUCUGCGUGUGGACAACGGCUUCAAGAUCUUUCGUUAUGAUGGCGCAGGUCCCAUUCACCAGGAGGAACGUGGUGAACUAUAUGACCUCAAAUUUUGCCCGGCCGCGCUGGAUACGUACCCAAAUCGACCUCAGUCUCCACGCCGGAAGGAUAUUGACGCGGGUUUCGGCUCGUCAUCGGCGACCCCCAAUGCUGCGCCGAAGCCGCAAGCAUACCGCCCGCCCAACUCAACAGGAGCGCUUGCUGCAAUGAUGCGCAAAGAAGAGGGUGGACCAAAGAAGCUAGACCGCAACAAGUAUGCAGCUCCUCGCGGUGGUGCACCCACGACUCCUGGUGCUGCGCCUCGUGUUAUUCCUGGCAUGACAGCGUCUGCAGCACCCAAGAAACUGAGCAAAACCGCUCGUAAGAAGAAGGCACAAGAGGCUGCUGAAGCCAGGGCUGCCGUAGACGAUGCCAUUGCUAAAGUUGCUGGCAUCACUCCGACGGCUCCAACAGAACCGAGCCCGGUCGAGCUGACGCCUGAUGAGAAGGCUAAGAAAGUAAAGGGCUUGCUGAAAAAGCUGAAGCAGAUUGACGCGAUCAAAGCGAAGAAGGAAGAUGGCGACGUGCUCAACGACGAUCAGCUGCACAAGCUCGAGACUGAACAGGCUCUACGAGACGAAGUGGCUGAACUCUCUGCUUAA